UAUGGACUAAAAUCGCUCUUUUGUGUAGACAAAUGAAGAAGGGAAGAGUUACUGGGUCAAAAGCGAAAAGUCGGAAUCAAAAUGGUUAAUUGACAUAUAGGCUUAUAUGUUAUGGCUUUUGUUUACAUACGGUUUUGUCAAAACAAUGGUUUUCUGCGUUCUGAUUUUUGUUAUUUAAUUCUGGGUGAGUUUUAAAUUCACGACAAAAUGGAGGCCGAUUAUCAGCCGAAAUUUAGCCCAUCUCGCAACUUGUUAGCUCAUCAUGACAGCGAUGAACCUUAUCCAAGCUUAUCAGAUUACCAUGAUUAUGAACCCAAUUUGGAAUUUGAUGAUACUGAACUCCAACACACUGCAGUUGAUGGAGCUAUUGCUGAAAAGCUUGUGGAGGCAGGUGGCCUGGACUACCUGGAAUCACCGGUGUCAGACGGAACCAUUGAAGAAAACUUCGAAGAAGAGCUAGUCAAUGCACCAACCAUGGCUGCAGGAAUGGAUAGCUUGUCCUACCCAUUCCUUGAUGAAGAUGAUCCAGAGGAUGAAGAGGAUUUUAGUGACGUGUCAUGUUACGGCAUUGUUGAUGUUGUUGGUGAUGAUACUGUUGGGCGUAAAAUCAUAGUUGUGUCUGCUUGUAAACUACCCAGCAAUAAAGAGUUGGAUCAUACUCGGCUAUUAAGGUACUUAAUGUACACCCUUGAUAAGUAUGUUGAGCAAGACUAUAGCCUUGUUUACUUUCACCACGGGCUUACAAGCAAAAACAAGCCACCUCUAUCGUGGCUGUGGCAGGCAUAUCGGGCUUUUGAUCGAAAGUAUAAGAAGAACUUAAAAGCACUGUAUCUAGUCCAUCCCACAAAUUUCAUCCGUGUUGUUUGGCACUUAUUUAGGGCUGUAAUCAGUGCUAAAUUUGGCCGGAAAGUUAUGUAUGUCAAUUAUUUACAAGAGCUGUCUCAACAUUUGGAUUUGGACCAACUUUGUAUACCACAAGCUGUCAUUGAACAUGAUGAACGAACUGCUAUGAGGAACAACAAACAAUCCAGUUCCAGUGGUGUGACACCUUCUCCACCAUCAAGUCCUGUUCAGAGUCGUCUAAUCACACAACAGUUUGGUGUUUCCUUACAAUUUAUUAAAGACAAUAAUGGAGGUGAAGUCAUUCCCCCAAUUAUGCGUCAGUGCAUUGAAUUUCUCAGCCAACCUGAUGCCUUAGAAACUGAAGGUCUCUUUAGAAGAUCUGCCAAUGUGACAUUGGUGCGUGAACUUCAAGCUAAAGUGAACCAAGGAGAAAGCAUUGACUUUCACAGUGAUGUUCAUAUUGCAGCUGUCUUGCUCAAAACAUUCCUCAGAGAAUUGGAAGAACCUUUGAUGACAUUUGAUUUAUAUGACGAAAUAACACAAUUCCAAGCUUUACCUCGAGAUGAUCGGCCUAAGCAAGUAAAAAUUUUAAUUCUUGAGAAACUUCCUGAGGAUAAUUACCAGAUUCUCAAGUACCUUGUCCAAUUCCUUUCUAGGGUGAUGGACCGCUGUGAUCUGAACAAAAUGACUUCCUCAAAUCUUGCUGUAGUCUUUGGGCCUAACCUUGUGUGGGCUCAAACAGGUCAACUCUCUUUAAGUAACAUUGGUCCAAUCAAUAUGUUUACUGAUUUUGUACUCACUCAUCAUGAUUCAAUAUUUAUUAUAUAAGAAGAAAACAAGGCGAACUUGUGAGUAAUGCUGUUUAUCCGUACCUGUUAUUGAAAAUUUGGCUGUUUGUGUAUUUCUUCUCCUGUCUCCAUUGCUGAUUUACGCAUUUAUUUCUGGUCACAUUGUAGGCUCCAUUUACGAUAAAAAUAAUUCAACUAGUUAUUCUUCAAUAAUCAGUUUUUAGAUACAGUGACUUUCAGUCAAUCAGUAUCAAAUCUAUAUGGCCUUUUGAUUUUUAAUUGAAAUGUCUGUUGUAGUUGAUCAUGCAUGGGUAGUUUCUCUAGCUAAUUGGAACUUCAAAAGGAAUAUUCAAACAGCUACUUCCCUACUUGUGAUUGGAGAAGUUAUUCGUUAAAAGUUUACAAAACAAGAUAUUUUUGUAGUGUUGUGAAGAAAGCAUUCUGCAGAUCGGUGUGAAUUAAAAUUUUUAUCUAUAUGAUAAUGUAGCAAAUUAGUGCAAGAAUAGACUUUGUGAGAUUGAAUAUUUUUUGAAGUGGAGGCCUACCCCUACUUCUUUUUAUACUGUAAUUGACUGUUAGUCUGUUGUCAUCAAAUUCUUGUGUUUUAGGUUGAAUUUAGAUACAAUAAUAUUGACAUGCCAGCCUGCUGUCAGUAAGAUCUAUUCAACUUGGGAUUUCUUUUGUUUUUGUGUUCUGUAAAUACAUUUUAGGCUAUGAAGUGGAUUACUGUAUUAUAAUUUUAAUCAUAUCUUGUAUUUGAUAAGCUGUAGCUGAUGAACAGAACUGUCAUUCCAUCAGUUGUUUCCACUCAAACUACAGUGGUACUCUUGUUCAUGUAAAAUAGAUCAGAUUUCCAAAGCUGUAACUGUAGAUCAUUAAGGAAUAGUGCUUCAAAUUAAGUGUAAAUGUGUUUUAUUUUUUUUGUUGUGACAGAGUUUAUUCUUGAAUUGUUAUGUAUUCAAACCUUGUAUUUUAAAACUAGUCCAAAUUGUAUACUAUGGAAAUCUUUUCCCUCUUUGUGUACUAAAUACUAUUCCAUUCAUUCAGGAUGUUUGAGAUGUGUACCUAAAUGGUUAGAGCUACGCACCAAAUUGUUUUGGGGGAAACAGAAAAAAAAGCAUUACCCUCUUUAACGCAGAUUUACAGCUUUUGGUUUUCUCAGUGUAGUGGACACAUUUGAUUUGUAAUACAUAAUUUAAUUACGUAACAUGGAUCAGAUUCAGGCAGUCCACACAGAGUCAUACUGUUGUGAUAUUUUAGCCUCAUUGUGUGUUCUUUGAGACAAACCUGUUUGUUUUAUAUUUUUUUUCCACAAAAAUAUUUAACACGUACUAUGUAGUUAACAAUAUGCAAUUUCUCAAAUAUGACAAUUCAGUGGUUUGGCUGAUGUGAGUCAAACUCAGUAUAUUGCAAUGGAUUGAUUGAAAUCCAACCUUUCACCUUUUCAACUUCUUGGUCAUCAAACUUACCAGGAAUGUGGAUUAGCAUUUUUCACAUGAUAAAAUUAUGCUAUGUACUAAUUUUAAUUUUGUUUAAGAGUUGAAUUUUAUAGGAAGGCUAAUUAAUAUCAAAUUUUAGUCAUCAUGAAAUUUAUUUGAUGCCAAGCAAAAAAUUAUCAGUUGUUUAAUUUUACAUAUUAAUGCAUCACAGCUAGGCUAUUUUGCCUAACUGUGUUGGAUAAUAUCUAUUAUCCGGACCUUGUCGUCAUGCCUACUUUGGCAGAAGGUUACCAUUAUGUUAUAAUGAAGAAGCAUGUAAGAGUGCAAUUUUUUUUGUAAUUAAUAAUAAUAAUACCAAAGAUGUAUAGCACAUGAAUGUCUUGCCUGCUGUAACAGAAUAUCUUCCUUUCAAUUGUCAAUGUCAUGUAUUUUUUUGUUAGGUGGCUUCUGGAAACUAUUUAAAUUUUCUGUGUCUGACCAACAAAAAUUUGUAAGUGCUUUCAGAAAAUAUCAAUAUGUACCAAGUCAUAUCCAAUUCACCAAUGCAUAUUUUGAACGCAGCAGGCACAGGGCACAGUUUUGAUCUUUCUGAUGAGUUACCUACCUCUUCAAGGUAAAUGUAGCUGGCCCUUUUUAAGGAAAUUGAAUUAAAUAGAAAUUUUAAAUGUUGGGUGGCACUUAUAUCAUUACUACUCCAACUAAAUUUUCUCCAAUGCUGAAGUACAAUAUUUACCCCCAACAAGGUUUCUCAUGUUUUGUAACUCCACGCUUUUCUUGCGAAAGCUUCAAGAUUUCUCAGCAGAAGUCAUGUUUCAUUUGUACUUAUUUGAGUGAAGGGGCUUGUUGCUGAUCUUCCAAAAACUUUACCUUCCUUUUUAUUAAGUUUAACUUUUCACUUUAUGGUUGAAUGGUGAUAGCUUUGUAUGUGCUUAGGUUUUGGUAAUUAAUUACAGCUUUUAUUUUCUCAUCAAAUUCUUUCUCUAGUCAGUCGUUAAUGGAAUUUUAACUCCCCAUAUCUACUUGUAAUGCUGUAUCCCGGUGAACCACAAUAUUCUUACAACUCUUAUUUGUAAUCAAGUGAUAGCUUGACAUUCCCUUUUGAUGCUAUCCCUCAAUUUACUGAUAAUUGUGAAUGGUACGUCAUUGUCUAACAAUGCCAGUCUUCAAUUGGAGUCAGUAUUAUUAACAGUAAUGCCUUCUGAAGUACUUUCUAACUUUACAUGGUACAUAUUCUGCACUAGCUGUUAGUGAGUUAAGACUUAAGACUCCCAUUGCAAGGAAGACACCUCAAACAACAGCACUUUAUUGAUGUUGUGAAAUAAAAUUCAUCAAUUUAUUAAAUAA